UGUGAACAGCUGACCAUGGCCGAAGGCGGCGAGGGAGAGGACGAAGUCCAGUUCCUGCGAACUGAUGACGAGGUGGUCCUCCAGUGCUCAGCCACGAUCUACAAGGAACAACAGAAACUCUGUCUGGCUGCUGAAGGCUUCGGAAACAGACUCUGCUUCCUUGAAUCCAUCUCCAACUCCAAGAAUGUGCCUCCAGAUCUGUCCAUCUGCACCUUUGUGUUGGAGCAGUCGCUGUCGGUACGAGCCCUUCAGGAGAUGCUGGCCAACACCGAGGAUAAGGCUGAGGGGACGGCCCAGGGCGGCGGUCAUCGUACUUUACUGUACGGACACGCUGUGCUGCUGCGCCACUCCUACAGUGGAAUGUACCUGUGCUGUCUGUCCACCUCCCGCUCAUCCACAGACAAACUGGCUUUUGAUGUUGGACUGCAGGAAGAUACCACAGGUAGGGCAUGCUGGUGGACGAUCCAUCCAGCAUCAAAGCAGCGGUCAGAGGGUGAGAAGGUUAGAGUGGGAGAUGAUCUCAUCCUGGUCAGCGUUUCCUCUGAAAGAUAUCUGCAUCUGUCCUACGGUAAUGGCAGUCUUCAUGUUGAUGCAGCCUUCCAGCAGACCCUAUGGAGUGUGGCUCCCAUCUGUUCUGGCAGUGAAGUAGCACAAGGUUUCCUGAUAGGAGGGGACGUCCUGCGCCUCCUUCAUGGUCACAUGGACGAGUGUCUGACUGUUCCGUCUGGGGAGCAUGGGGACGAGCAGAGGAGGACAGUGCACUAUGAGGGUGGAGCAGUGUCCAGUCAUGCCAGGUCCCUGUGGAGGCUGGAGACAUUGCGGGUUGUGUGGAGCGGGAGUCAUAUCCGCUGGGGUCAGCCGUUCAGACUGAGACACGUGACCACAGGGAAGUAUCUGAGUCUGAUAGAAGACAGAUCUUUGCUGCUGAUGGACAAAGAGAAAGCUGAUGUCAAGUCCACAGCCUUCUGCUUCAGGUCCUCCAAGGAAAAGUUGGACCCUGGUGUGAAGAAGGAGGUGGAUGGGAUGGGUGUUCCCGACAUUAAGUAUGGCGACUCUGUGUGUUACGUCCAACAUGUUGACACCUGCCUCUGGCUCACAUACCAGACUGUUGAUGCCAAGUGUGCACGCAUGGGUGGAGUACAGAGAAAGGCCAUAAUGCACCAUGAGGGUCACAUGGACGACGGGCUGACGCUGUCCCGGUCACAACACGAGGAGAGUCGCACUGCCAGAGUCAUCCGCAGUACUGUGUUUUUGUUCAACCUCUUCAUCAGCGGCAAUGGGAAGAGCUCCACUCUUGAUCUGCCAAUAGAUUCGGUCAGUCUGAGUCUGCAGGAUCUGAUUGGCUACUUCCAUCCACCUGGAGAUCACCUGGAACACGAAGAUAAGCAGAACCGACUGAGAGCUCUGAAGAACCGGCAGAACCUCUUUCAGGAAGAGGGAAUGAUCAGCCUGGUGCUGGAGUGUAUUGAUCGUCUUCACGUCUACAGCAGUGCGGCUCAUUUUGCUGAGGCAGUAGGAAGGGAGGCAGGAGAGGCCUGGAGCUCCAUCCUCAACUCCCUCUACCAACUACUGGCUGCUCUGAUCAGAGGAAACAGGAAGAACUGCGCUCAGUUUUCCGGUUCAUUGGAUUGGCUGAUCAGCAGACUGGAGAGACUGGAGGCCUCUUCUGGUAUACUAGAGGUGCUUCACUGUGUGCUGGUGGAGAGUCCUGAGGCGCUGAACAUAAUCAAAGAGGGACACAUCAAAUCCAUUAUAUCUCUGCUGGACAAGCAUGGACGCAACUACAAGGUUCUAGACGUGUUGUGUUCACUGUGUGUGUGUCACGGCGUGGCAGUGCGCUCCAACCAGCACCUGAUCUGUGACAACCUGCUGCCAGGAAGAGAUCUGUUACUGCAGACCCGCCUGAUCAACCACGUAAGCAGUAUGCGUCCCAACAUCUUCCUGGGAGUCAGUGACGGAUCUGCUCAGUACAGGAAGUGGUACUACGAGCUAAUCGUGGAUCAGGCACUGCCGUUCGUCACAGCGGAGGCUUCUCACCUCAGGCUGGGCUGGGCCAACACCAGUGGCUACGCGCCAUAUCCCAGCGGGGGAGAGGGGUGGGGUAACGGGGUGGGGGAUGACCUCUACUCCUACGGCUUUGAUGGACUCCAUCUCUGGUCAGGCUGCAUUGCACGGACUGUUAGCUCACCCAACCAGCAUCUUCUGAGAGCAGAGGAUGUGGUGAGCUGCUGCCUGGACCUCAGUGUGCCCAGUAUCUCCUUCAGGAUCAACGGGCAGCCGGUCCAGGGCAUGUUUGAGAACUUCAACUCCGACGGCCUCUUCUUCCCCGUGGCCAGCUUCUCUGCGGGAGUCAAGGUGCGUUUCCUUCUCGGGGGUCGUCAUGGGGAGUUUAAGUUCCUCCCCCCACCAGGUUACGCUCCUUGCUACGAGGCAGUGUUGCCCAGGGAGAAACUGAAGCUGGAGGCCAGUCAGGACCAGACAGCAGCCCGAGACCUGCUGGGACCCACCAUCACCUUGAGCCAGGCAGCAUUCACCCCCACACCUGUGGACACCAGCCAGAUUGUGCUGCCGCCUCACUUGGAGAGGAUCAGGGAGAAGCUGGCAGAAAACAUCCAUGAGCUGUGGGUGAUGAACAAGAUAGAACUGGGCUGGACCUACGGUGCAGUGCGAGACGAUAACAAGCGGCAACACCCCUGUCUGGUGGAGUUCUCCAAGCUUCCUGAACAAGAACGGAGCUACAACUUACAGAUGUCUCUGGAGACUCUGAAAACUCUCCUGGCCCUCGGUUGCCACGUUGGCUUAGCAGAUGAACAUGCUGUAGAGAAAGUCAAGAGCAUGAAACUGUCACAAACCUACGAGCUGUCCGGUGGUUAUAAACCUGCCCCUCUGGAACUGAGUCACAUCAAGCUGACCUCCACCCAGGAAGCCAUGGUGGACAAACUGGCUGAGAAUGCGCACAACGUCUGGGCAAGAGAUCGCAUCCGCCAGGGCUGGACCUAUGGCAUCCAACAGGAUGUGAAGAGUCGCCGAAACCCUCGUCUGGUCCCCUACGUUCUGCUGGAUGAGAGAACCAAGAAGUCCAACAAAGACAGUCUGAGAGAGGCCGUCAGGACUCUGCUGGGGUAUGGAUACAACUUGGAAGCUCCUGACCAGGACCAUGCUCAAUCUGACCCCAGCAACAUAUCUGCUGAGAGGUUCCGCAUUUUCAGAGCAGAAAAAACCUACUGUGUUAAUGUGGGGAAGUGGUACUUUGAGCUGGAGGUAUUAACAGCAGGAGAGAUGAGAGUGGGCUGGGCCAGGCCGGGGUGCGUCCCAGACCAGGAGCUGGGAGCUGAUGACCAGGCCUUUGUCUUUGAUGGCUUUAAGGUCCAGCGCUGGCACCAGGGUAAUGAGCACUUUGGCCGUGCGUGGCAGAUAGGGGACGUGGUGGGCUGCAUGGUGGAUCUGAACGAACACACCAUGAUGUUCACACUCAAUGGAGAAGUGCUGCUGGAUGACUCCGGGUCUGAGCUGGCCUUCAAGGACUUUGAAGUUGGUGAAGGUUUUAUCCCUGUGUCCAGUCUGGGUGUGUGUCAGGUGGGGAAAAUGAACUUCGGUAAAGACGUCAGCACUCUGAAGUACUUCACCAUCUGCGGCCUGCAGGAAGGCUACGAACCGUUUGCUGUCAACAUGAACCGGGACGUCACCAUGUGGCUCAGCAAGAGGCUGCCUCAGUUUGUUCCUGUCCCUCCCAACCACCAACACAUGGAGGUGACCAGGAUCGAUGGGACAGUGGAGUCGUGUCCAUGCCUGAAGGUCACCCAGAGGUCGUUUGGCUCACAGAACAGUUACACCGACAUCACAUUCUACAGGCUGAGCAUGCCCAUAGAGUGUUCUGAAUCCUUCUGCAGAUCCCCAGCAAAUGACAGCCUCUUCUCACCAAAGAGGGUACCACUACCACAAACACUCAUUUUCAUCUACACAUGUGACAGACAGCACUACUACUCGGUGCGGAUCUUCCCUGGUCAGGAGCCCAGCAGUGUUUGGGUGGGCUGGGUAACCUCAGAUUUCCAUCAGUACGACCCAGGCUUUGAGCUGUACAAUGUCCGAACCGUCACUGUUACCCUGGGAGAUGAGAAGGGCAAAGUUCAUGAGAGUAUAAAGCGCAGUAACUGUUACAUGGUGUGGGCUGGAGAGAGCAGCAGUCCUGGUCAGGGGAGGAACAACAACGGCUUAGAGAUCGGCUGCCUGGUCGACACAACAAACGGUUUGCUGACGUUUACAGCCAACGGGAAAGAACUCAGCACCUACUACCAGGUGGAGCCCAGUACUAAGCUGUUCCCAGCAGUCUUCGCCAAGGCCACCAGCCCCAAUGUCUUUCAGUUCGAACUGGGGCGUAUUAAGAAUGUGAUGCCUCUGUCAGCUGGUCUGUUCAAGAGCGAGAGGAAGAACCCAAUUCCUCAGUGUCCUCCAAGGCUGCAUGUCCAGUUCCUCACUCCUGUAUUAUGGAGUCGUGUUCCCAACCACUUCCUCAAGGUGUCAGCAUCCAGAGUGAAUGACAGACAUGGCUGGCUGGUCCAGUGUAAUGAACCUCUGCAGUUCAUGGCUCUGCACAUCCCUGAGGAGAACAAGUCGGUGGAUAUCCUGGAGCUGUCAGAGCAGAGGGACCUAUUAAAGUUUCACUACCAUACCCUCAGACUGUAUUCAGCAAUCUGUGCUCUGGGAAACAACCGGGUGGCACACGCCCUCUGCUCCCACGUAGACGAGGCACAGCUCCUGCAGGCUAUAGAGAAUAAGUACAUGCCAGGUUUGCUCCGUGCGGGCUACUACGACCUCCUCAUCGACAUCCACCUGAGCAGUUACACCACGGCUCGCCUCAUGAUGAACAACGAGUACAUUGUUCCCAUGACGGACGAAACCAAGAGCAUCACCUUGUUCCCCGACGAGAAGAAGAAACAUGGCCUGCCAGGCAUCGGCCUCAGCACCUCCCUGAGACCCAGAAUGCACUUCUCAUCCCCCAGUUUUGUCUGUGGGAGCGGUCCGUCGCACCGCAACACCGGCAACAAUGGAACAGGAGACUGUUUCCAGUACAGCCCAGAGUUCCCCUUAGACGUACUGAAGAUGAAAACCAUUGAGAUGCUAACGGAGGCGGUGCGGGAGGGGAGCAUGCACGUGCGGGAUCCAAUAGGAGGCAGCACCGAGUUUCUCUUCGUCCCCCUCAUCAAGCUGUUCUACACCCUGCUCAUCAUGGGAGUGUUCCAAAGCAGAGAUCUGAAGAACAUCCUCAGACUGAUUGAACCGUCCGUGUUCUCUGAAAGAGGGGAAGGUCAGGAGGACACGCACACAGAGCUGGACGCGGUGAAGGAGGGGGAGACUGAGAAGAGAGGAGAGGAUGGAGGGAGGAGCAUGCCUAAAGAAGGACUGUUACAGAUGAAGCUACCCGAACCUGUCAAACUCCAGAUGUGCCACGUUCUGCAGUACCUGUGUGACUGCCAGGUGCGCCAUCGAAUCGAGGCGGUGGUGGCCUUCUCCGACGACUUUGUGGCCUGUCUCCAAGACAACCAGCGGUUCCGCUACAACGAGGUGAUGCUGGCGCUCAACAUGUCCGCGGCCCUCACUGCCAAGAAGACCAAAGAGUUCAGAUCUCCUCCACAGGAGCAGAUCAACAUGCUGUUGAACUUCAAGGACGAGAAGCAGGAGUGUCCCUGUCCUGAAUACAUCCGAGAACAGCUGCUCGACUUCCACGACGACCUGAUGAGACACUGUGGUAUAGAGUUGGAUGAGGACGGAGUGAUAGAUGGGGAGAGUGACUUCACCAUCCGAGGACGCCUCAUGUCGCUGGUGGAGAAAGUGGCUUACCUGAAGAAGAAGAUGGGCAACCUGCCGAAGGAGAAAAAAGACAAGAAACCCAGUACGUUACAGCAGUUGAUUUCCGACACGAUGGUCCGCUGGGCUCAGGAGUCAGUCAUUGAGGAUCCAGAGCUGGUCCGAGCCAUGUUUGUCCUGCUGCACCGCCAGUAUGAUGGCAUUGGAGGACAGGUGCGUGCCCUUCCUAAGACCUACACCAUAAACUCAGUAUCCAUCGAGGACACCAUCAACCUGCUGGCUGCUCUGGGUCAGAUCCGAUCUCUGCUGAGUGUCCGUAUGGGAAGAGAGGAGGAGAAACUGAUGAUCAGAGGGCUGGGUGACAUCAUGAACAACAAAGUGUUCUACCAGCAUCCUAACCUGAUGAGAGCUCUGGGGAUGCAUGAGACUGUCAUGGAGGUCAUGGUCAACGUACUCAGUGGAGGAGACUCCAAGGAAAUCACCUUUCCUAAGAUGGUGGCCAACUGUUGUCGUUUUCUCUGUUACUUCUGCCGAAUCAGCCGCCAGAACCAGAAAGCCAUGUUUGACCAUCUCAGCUACCUGCUGGAGAACAGCAGUGUAGGGCUUGCAUCUCCUUCCAUGAGAGGAUCGACUCCUCUGGAUGUGGCUGCAGCAUCGGUCAUGGAUAACAAUGAGUUGGCCCUGGCUUUGAGAGAGCCAGACCUGGAAAAGGUGGUGCAGUACCUGGCCGGCUGUGGGCUGCAGAGCUGUGUGAUGCUGGUGCGUAAUGGAUACCCUGACAUCGGCUGGAACCCUGUGGAGGGCGAACGUUACCUCGACUUCCUGCGCUUUGCAGUCUUCUGUAACGGUGAAAGUGUGGAGGAGAAUGCCAAUGUGGUCGUGAGGCUUCUGAUUCGCCGACCGGAAUGUUUUGGCCCAGCCCUUCGGGGUGAAGGUGGCGAUGGGUUGUUGGCGGCGAUGGAGGAAGCUAUUAAGAUCUCUCAGGAUCCCUCCAGAGAUGGUCCGUCUCCUACGUCUGAGAGCAGCAAGACACUUAGUGACAUGAUGGAAGAAGAGGAGGAUGAUACCAUCCACAUGGGGAACGCCAUCAUGACCUUCUAUGCUGCUCUCAUUGACCUGCUGGGUCGCUGUGCUCCAGAGAUGCAUUUAAUCCAUGCUGGUAAAGGUGAAGCCAUCCGUAUCCGAGCAAUUUUGAGGUCUCUGAUUCCUAUUGAAGACCUGGUGGGAGUUAUCAGCAUUCCAUUCUCCAUGCCCAACCUGGCUAAAGACGGGUUGGUGGUGGAGCCGGACAUGUCUGCUGGUUUCUGUCCCGACCAUAAAGCAGCCAUGGUCCUGUUCCUGGACAGAGUCUACGGUAUCGAAGACCAAAACUUCCUGCUACACCUGCUGGAGGUCGGCUUCUUACCAGACCUGAGAGCUGCUGCCUCUCUGGACACUGUUGCCCUCAGUGCCACAGACAUGGCUCUCGCCCUCAACAGGUAUCUGUGUACGGCCGUGUUGCCCCUCCUUACUAAAUGUGCUCCACUGUUUGCGGGGACGGAGCCUUUCGCCUCGUUGAUCGACUCCCUCCUCCACACGGUUUAUCGCCUGUCCAAAGGCUGCUGCCUCACCAAGGCCCAGAGGGACGCCAUAGAGGAGUGUCUGCUGGCUGUUUGCGGUAAGCUGAGGCCUUCAAUGAUGCAGCAUCUGCUGAGGAGGCUGGUGUUUGACGUCCCUCUGCUUAAUGAACACACCAAGAUGCCUCUGAAGCUGCUGACCAAUCACUAUGAGCGUUGUUGGAAGUAUUACUGCCUGGCUGGAGGCUGGGGCAGCUUUGGAGCUGCAUCAGAUGAAGAGCUUCACCUCUCCAGGAAACUGUUCUGGGGAAUAUUUGACGCCCUGUCACGCAAGCGGUAUGACCAGGAGCUCUUCAAGCUGGCGUUACCAUGUCUCAGUGCUGUGGCUGGAGCUCUGCCUCCAGACUACAUGGAGUCCAACUACAUGGCCAUGAUGGAGAAACAGUCGUCCAUGGACUCAGAGGGAAACUUCACUCCACAGCCUGCAGACACUACCAGUGUGACCGUCCCAGAGAAACUGGACUAUUUCAUAAUCAGAUAUGCAGAGCACAACCAUGAAAAGUGGUGUAUAGAAAGGUUUUCCAACGGAUGGUCAUUUGGGGAACAGAUGUGUGAAAUCUCCAAGAGCCACCCUUUACUGAAACCAUACAAAGGCCUCCCAGAGAAGGAUAAGGAGGCGUAUUGCUGGCCGGCCAGAGAGUCUCUGAAGACCAUGCUGUCGUGGGGCUGGAGCAUCGACAGGAUCAGAGAGGGCGACCCUGCCAGCCUCCACAAUAAGUCCAGGAGGAUAUCACAGGCCAGCCAGUCUUUUGAAGGAUCUCCGGCUUUCUGCCCCAGACCCAUCGAUAUGAGCAACGUCACACUGUCCAGAGACAUGCAGUCAAUGGCAGAACUGCUUGCAGAGAAUUAUCAUAAUAUCUGGGCCAGGAGAAAGAAGAUGGAGCUGGAAGCCAAAGGUGGAGGAAACCAUCCUCUGCUGGUUCCCUACGAUACUCUGACUGCCAAAGAGAAAUCCAAAGACAGAGAAAAAGCACAAGACAUCCUCAAGUUCCUCCAGAUCAACGGUUAUACUGUGUCCAGAGGUGUGAAGUCGCAGGAGCUGGACACUCCAGCUAUCGAGAAACGAUUUGCCUACACCUUCCUCCAGCAGCUCAUCACAUACGUGGACCAGGCACACCAGCACAUGAUGGAGUUUGAUCUGGGAACAAGACCGAAGGGGGAGAAGAUUCCUCAUGAACAACAGAUUAAGUUCUUUGGAAAGGUCGUCUUGCCAUUGGUGGAUCAGUACUUUAAAAACCACCGGCUCUACUUCCUGUCCACAGCCAUCCAUCCAAUCAGCAGCGGAGGCCACGCCUCCAACAAGGAGAAGGAGAUGGUGACCAGUCUUUUCUGCAAACUGGGAGUUCUUGUCAGACAUAGGAUAUCCUUAUUUGGUAACAAUGCCACAUCCAUAGUCAACUGUCUGCAGAUACUGGGACAAAGCCUGGAUGCCAGGACGGUGAUGAAGACUGGUCUGGAGUCAGUGAAGGCAGCACUGCGGCUGUUCUUCGACAGUGCAGCGGAAGAUCUGGAGAAGACGCAGGAGAACCUGAAGCUGGGCCAGUUCACCCACAGCAGAGAGCAGCCGCGAGGUGUCACCCAGAUCAUCAACUACACCACCUUCGCCCUGCUGCCCAUCCUCUCCUCGCUGUUCGAACACAUCGGACAGAACUUGUUUGGAGAAGACCUCAUACUGGAUGAUGUCCAGGUGUCCUGCUACAGAAUCCUCAACAGCCUCUACUUUCUGGGAACAAACAAAAGCAUCUAUGUAGAGAGACAGCGUCCAGCUUUAGGAAAGUGUUUAGCUGCCUUCUCAGCAGCCUUUCCUGUUGCCUUCCUUGAGCCUCACAUCAACAAGUUCAACAGCUUUUCCAUCUACAACAGCAAAGGAACUAAAGACAGAUCAGCUCUAGGUCUUCCAGGGCAGGUGGGGGAGAUUUGUCCUCUGAUCCCAAACUUGGAGAAGUGUCUGGAGGAGAUCAUGGAGUUGGCAGAGUCUGGCAUGAGAUACACUCAGAUGCCCCAUGUCAUGGAGGUGGUGUUGCCGAUGUUGUGCAGCUACAUGUCUCACUGGUGGGAACAUGGGCCAGAGAGCAACCCAGACAAAGCCGACAGCUGCUGCACCUCUGUGACCUCUGAACACAUGAACACUCUGCUGGGAAACAUUCUCAAGAUCAUCUACAACAACCUGGGAAUAGAUGAAGGGGCCUGGAUGAAAAGACUAGCUGUCUUCUCUCAGCCAAUCAUCAGCAAGGCCAAAGCCCAGCUGCUCAAGACCCACUUCCUGCCUCUGAUGGAGAAACUCAAAAAAAAGGCAGCAGUUGUGCUGAUGGAUGAGGAACACAGCAAGGCAGAGGGGAGGGGAGAGAUGUCAGAGACAGAGCUUCUCAUCAUGGACCAGUUCACCAUACUGGUCCGAGACCUGUAUGCCUUCUACCCUCUCCUCAUACGAUUUGUUGACUACAACAGGGCCAGAUGGCUGAAAGAGUCCAACCCAGGGGCCGAAGAGCUGUUCCGCAUGGUGGCAGAGGUUUUCAUCUUCUGGGCCAAGUCUCAUAACUUCAAGAGAGAAGAGCAGAACUUUGUGGUCCAGAAUGAAAUCAACAACAUGUCCUUCCUCAUCACUGAUACCAAGUGUAAGAUGUCAAAGGGGAUUGUUUCAGACCAGGAGAGGAAGAAGAUGAAGAGGAAGGGAGAUCGAUACACGAUGCAGACGAGUCUUAUCGUUGCAACCCUGAAGCGCCUGCUUCCUGUCGGACUCAACAUCUGUGCCCCAGGAGAACAAGAGCUCAUCGCACUGGCGAAGAGUCGCUUCACCCAGAAAGAUACAGAGGGUGAAGUUCGAGAGAUCAUCAGAAACAAUCUCCAUUUACAAGGAAAGCUGGAGGACCCAGCUAUUCGUUGGCAGAUGGCCCUGUACAGAGACCUCCCUAAUCACUACGAGGACACCUCUGACCCACAGAAGACUGUGGAGAGAGUCCUGGAGAUCGCUCACGUCCUCUUCCACUUAGACCAGGUUGAGCAUCCUCAGCGCAGCAAGAAGGCCGUGUGGCACAAACUGCUGUCCAAACAGAGGAAGAGAGCAGUGGUUGCUUGCUUCAGGAUGGCACCGCUCUAUAACUUGCCCAGGCACCGGGCUGUCAACUUGUUCCUGCAGGGCUAUGAGAAGUCCUGGAUCGAGGCAGAAGAACACUACUUUGAAGAUAAACUCAUAGAGGACCUUGCUAAACCAGGUGACCAGGAGCCAUUGGAGGAAGAGGAGGGGCUGAAACACAUCGAUCCGCUUCAUCAGCUCAUUCAGCUGUUCAGCAGAACUGCCCUCACAGAGAAGUGUAAACUGGAUGAGGAUAUUCUCUAUAUGGCUUAUGCUGACAUCAUGGCUAAGAGUUGCCACGAUGAAGAGGAUGAGGAUGGAGAGGAAGUGAAGAGUUUUGAGGAGAAGGAGAUGGAGAAGCAGAAGCUGUUGUACCAGCAGGCUCGGUUGCAUGACCGCGGAGCUGCUGAGAUGGUGCUGCAAACCAUCAGCGCAAGCAAAGGUGAGAUGGGUCCCAUGGUGGCCUCCACUCUAAAGCUGGGCAUAGCUAUUCUCAAUGGAGGAAACUCUACUGUACAGCAGAAAAUGUUGGAUUAUCUGAAAGACAAAAAGGACGUGGGCUUUUUUCAGAGUCUGGCUGGUCUGAUGCAGUCAUGCAGUGUUCUGGAUCUAAAUGCAUUUGAGAGGCAGAACAAAGCUGAAGGACUGGGAAUGGUGACAGAAGAGGGAUCAGUCAUCACUCAUGAGCGUGGUGAGAAGGUCAUGCAGGAUGAUGAGUUCACCUGUGACCUUUUCCGCUUCCUGCAGCUGCUCUGUGAAGGACACAACUCAGACUUCCAGAACUACUUGAGGACACAAACGGGGAACAAUACGACAGUCAACAUCAUUAUCUCUACUGUUGACUACCUCCUCAGAGUACAGGAGUCCAUCAGUGAUUUCUAUUGGUAUUAUUCUGGGAAAGAUGUUAUUGACGAGCAGGGCCAGAGGAAUUUCUCUAAAGCAAUAAAUGUGGCCAAGCAGGUUUUCAAUACACUCACAGAGUACAUCCAGGGUCCGUGUACUGGCAACCAGCAGAGUUUGGCCCACAGUCGACUGUGGGACGCUGUGGUCGGAUUUCUGCAUGUCUUCGCUCAUAUGCAGAUGAAAUUGUCUCAGGACUCCAGUCAGAUUGAGUUACUGAAAGAACUGAUGGAUCUUCAGAAAGAUAUGGUGGUCAUGCUGCUGUCUAUGCUGGAGGGUAAUGUGGUGAAUGGGACCAUUGGGAAGCAGAUGGUGGACAUGCUGGUGGAGUCCUCCAACAAUGUGGAGAUGAUCCUGAAGUUUUUUGACAUGUUCCUCAAGCUGAAAGACCUAACCUCCUCAGAUGCCUUCAAGGAGUAUGACCCUGACGGAAAAGGUGUCAUCUCCAAAAGGGACUUCCAUAAGGCCAUGGAGAGCCACAAACACUACACCCAGUCUGAGACAGAGUUCCUGCUCUCAUGUGCUGAGACUGAUGAGAAUGAGCUCCUGGACUAUGAAGAAUUUGUGGAGCGCUUUCAUGAGCCAGCCAAGGACAUUGGCUUCAAUGUGGCGGUUUUGCUGACCAACCUAUCGGAGCACAUGCCUCAUGACACCCGGCUGCAGACCUUCUUGGAGCUGGCAGAUAGUGUCCUCAACUACUUCCAACCCUACCUGGGUCGGAUCGAGAUCAUGGGGAGUGCAAAGCGCAUCGAGAGGGUCUACUUUGAGAUCAGUGAGUCGAGUCGAACACAGUGGGAGAAACCUCAGGUCAAAGAAUCCAAGCGUCAGUUCAUCUUUGAUGUGGUAAAUGAAGGCGGGGAGAAGGAGAAGAUGGAGCUGUUUGUAAACUUCUGCGAGGACACCAUCUUUGAAAUGCAGCUGGCGGCUCGGAUGUCCGACGCCGGCGAGCGAUCAGCGGUGAAAGAGGAGAGUGAGCGGGAGAAGCCGGACGAGGAGAGCCCUGAGAUGGGCUUCUUCUCUGUCACCACUGUCCGCAUGGCUCUGAUAGCUCUGCGAUACAACGUUAUGGUGCUGAUAAAGGUACUGUCCAUGAAAGCUUUGAAGAAGCAGAUGAAGAAGAUAAAGAACAUGACAGUUAAGGACAUGGUGACCACCGUGGUGUCUUUCUACUGGUCGGUGUUGCUGGGCCUACUCCACGUGGCGUUCAGUGUGGCCCGAGGAUUUUGCCGGAUCUUCUACAACACCUUCAUGGGAGGCAAUCUGGUGGAGGGGGCCAAGACCAUAAAGGUGUCAGAGCUGCUGGCCAACAUGCCUGACCCCACCCAGGACGAGGUGAGGGGUGAAGGGGAGGACAGAGAGAAGAGACCCUCUGCUAAAGAGGACCUGGCUGACCUGGCAGUCAACACCAGUGAGACCGAGCUGCUGUCGGACAUUUUUGGCCUGGACUUAAGGAGAGAGGGGGGGCAGUACAAGAUCACCCCACAUAACCCCAAUGCCAGCCUGACCGAACUGCUCAACUCCCCAGUUCCUUCCCCAACACCUCCAACCCCACCCACAGCACCCCCACCUGAGCUCAGACGGAGGCAUCAGAGCUCUUCCUCAGAGGAGAAGGAAGCAACAGCAGAGACAGAAUGUGAACCUGAGAAAACAUCAGAGGAUGGACAUGUAGAGAAACAAGAGAAACAACAGAAGAAUGAGAAAAUUAAGCCAAAAGUGAGAAGGCAUCACACCUCAAAGUCUGAUGAACCGGAUCUGCAGGAGUCUGCCUUCCUGAAGAAGAUCCUAGCCUACCAGAGGAAACUACUGAACUACUUUGCAAGGAACUUCUACAACAUGAGGAUGCUGGCGCUGUUCGUUGCCUUUGCAAUCAAUUUCAUCCUCCUAUUUUAUAAGGUUUCUACAUCCUCAUCUGUGGUCGAGGAAAGGGAAGUGGCGUACACCAGCAGCCAACCAGACAACAGCGUUCAGUGGGAUCCACUGGGAGGAGACGCAAUGGAGACAAAGGAGGAGGCGGUGGAUGAGGCCGGGGAGCCCCUGAAGCCCGUCACAGUCCGUUUUGUCCUGGAGGAGAGCACUGGAUACAUGGAGCCCAUGUUACGGAUCCUGGCUGUCCUGCACACUGUCAUCUCCUUCUUCUGCAUCAUUGGAUACUACUGUCUCAAGGUACCACUGGUGAUCUUUAAGCGUGAAAAGGAGGUGGCCAGGAAGCUGGAAUUUGAUGGACUUUACAUCACAGAACAACCAUCUGAGGAUGACAUCAAAGGACAGUGGGACAGACUGGUAAUCAACACACAAUCUUUCCCUAACAACUACUGGGAUAAGUUUGUGAAGAGGAAGGUGAUGGAUAAAUAUGGAGAGUUCUACGGCCAUGACCGCAUCAGUGAGCUGCUGGGAAUGGACAAGGCUGCUCUGGACUUCAGCGACUCUCACAAAAAGAGAAAGCCAAGGAGAGACAGCUCACUGGCUGCUGUGCUGAACUCCAUUGAUGUCAAGUACCAGAUCUGGAAGCUGGGGGUUGUAUUCACAGACAAUUCCUUCCUGUAUCUGGCCUGGUAUAUGACCAUGUCCAUCCUGGGUCACUAUAACAACUUCUUCUUUGCUGCCCAUCUGCUGGACAUCGCCAUGGGCUUCAAGACGUUGCGUACCAUCCUGUCCUCAGUCACACACAAUGGCAAACAGCUGGUGUUAACAGUUGGCCUGUUAGCAGUGGUGGUGUACCUCUACACAGUAGUGGCCUUCAACUUCUUCAGGAAGUUUUACAACAAGGGUGAAGAUGGAGAACUGCCUGAUAUGAAGUGCGACGACAUGUUGACAUGCUACAUGUUCCACAUGUAUGUAGGUGUGAGAGCAGGUGGAGGGAUUGGUGACCAGAUUGAGGACCCAGCAGGUGACGAGUAUGAGAUCUACCGCAUCAUCUUUGACAUUACCUUUUUCUUCUUCGUCAUUGUUAUCCUCCUGGCCAUCAUCCAGGGGUUGAUCAUUGAUGCUUUUGGGGAACUGAGGGACCAGCAGGAACAAGUGAAAGAAGACAUGGAGACCAAAUGUUUUAUCUGUGGAAUAGGUAAUGACUACUUUGACACAGUGCCACAUGGCUUUGAAACGCACACGCUACAGGAGCACAACCUUGCCAACUACCUAUUCUUUGUGAUGUAUCUCAUCAACAAAGAUGAAACAGAGCACACAGGCCAGGAGUCGUACGUUUGGAAGAUGUACCAGGAGCGUUGCUGGGAGUUUUUCCCUGCUGGUGACUGUUUCCGGAAACAGUACGAGGAUCAGCUCAACUGAUCUGUUCUUGGAGCAACAAACUCUCCCCUUUCAUACUGCAACCUGUUCAAGGCCCUCUAAAGCCAUCUUCCUGUUGCUUAUCCCUCAAACCUUUCUAACUGUUCUCUAAGGAGUCCCUGUUCUACCGAACAAAGGGUUCUACACUUGACUCCAUUUCCCAGUUGAGCAAGAAACACAUUUCCAGCUUCCUCAACAGACCCCACCCUAAGCCUUCCUCCUGGCUCUUCCUCAUCCAGGCACUCAACACGCCAGCUCUGCCCCAACUUCCAGCACACUUUGUUUGGAAUGCUUCUAACUCUGACUUUGUACAUAGAAAAUACCAGAGUCUAUGCUGUACAAUACGGGACUGGUGGCACGUCAAGGUUUUUGGCCCAGAUGAUGACUUCUUUGCUUCAUAUUAUUCUACAUUCACAGUAACAAGCAAAAAAUACUAUGGAAUACUGGAGCAAAGGAAAAGGGAAGGACCAGACGGAUAAGGGAGGAGAGUGGAAGGAAAACGAAGAGAGAAAUCUUCUUAAAAGACUUUCAGGACAAUGACCGAUACACAAAGAGCAGACAUUACUAUGAUGAUUUUUACGACUUUUCAUGUGUACAAUGCACGUUGCAUGUAGGUACAGGUUGUGGACGCAAAAAAGGAGCACCUGUUCAACCCUGCUGUAAUCCAACGCAACAGCUCUGCAAUAAUCAGACCUUUGAGAAGCUUUCUAUGUCAGCUUUUGUUAAAGACUGUCAAAGAGGUGAGGCAACGAUUAAACUCUAGUUUGUGGAACAUGUCAAGUGGGAAGAUGUUAGGUGCCUCUAAAUAAUAAUAUCUAAUGCAACACCACUAAACUUCAGCCUCCCGCAAUUACAAGAGUCAAAUCAACACCUCUGUGACACCGUCAACUAAAACUGAACAUCCUGAUCUUCACAAAUAGGGCUGUUGUACUGGAUUGAAUUAAAGUAUAGUUUACAGAUGUUCUUAUUGUGUCCUUACCCUGUACAUGCCAACACUGUGUGUGAAGGGCUCCUUAACUUAGUGUUCACAUUUGCUAGCACCAUGAUCAAAAGUCUGUUUUGUUCCAGUAGAGCUGAGUGACCUGGACACAUGCCAAAGUAUGGACAUCAACAAGUCAUAAUCCUCCAUGAGCCUGCAAGUUAUCUAUAUCUUUUUCUCUUUCUUCUUUUAAAAGACUACAGAAAUAAAUAAA